AUGAAAACGGAGUUCCGCGGUCACUACUAUUCACUUGGCUUUUUAUUAUAUCGUAAGGGCCAGUACGAAAAAGCAAAACAGUAUUUUGAAGGACUGCUAUUCGAAGAAGCACUGGAUGACUACAACAGAGCCGGGUGCUACAGAGGACUCGGGUUGGUGCAAGUUUAUUUCGAACAAUAUGAUGAAGCAUUAAUGAAUCAUCAAAACGAACUUUCGCUAGCGAACAAACUUGGUAAGGAAAUAAAUAUAGCAUUAACAAACCUCUCCAUCGGUGACGUAUACAAGUGUAAAAAUGAACUUGACUUGGCUCUCUCAUACGUACAAAAAGCAUUUGACUUUUUUUCCCCUUUAAACCAUCCUGAUCUAUCAUUUGUUUAUCGCCAAAUGGCUGAGAUUUAUGAUGAGAAAAACGAAUUGCAAUUAGCUAUUGAAUAUUAUAAAAAAUCGAUUGAAAUCCAUUGUCAACAUCUUCCAGAAAAUCACGCACAAAUUGGACUUGAUUACGCAAUGAUGGGAAACACCUACGGAAAGAAAAGAGAUAGUUCAAAAUCUUUCGAAUGGAAAUCAAACAAUUAUAAACAAGCACUCGUAUGUUUUGUGAAAGCACGUGACAUUUGGUUGAAAUCUUUGCCACCGAAUCAUCCACAUAUCUCGGGAGCAGAAAAUAAUAUUCGCCGUGCAAAAGCUAAUAUGAAUGAAAACUGGAGUCAAUGA